CGAUACAUUCUGUUCAGCUCAGGUUAAAACAGUAUUCACAAACUCCAGCUUUCAUUUGGUCAGGAAAGCAUUGUUCCUGUGAAAAGUCGAAAGAAUGUGUUCGUACUUGUGGUAUUCGUUUGUAACUGCUGUCAUCAGCACUGUUGUUUUGUGCUCUCCGUUAAAAACUGAUAAAUUAGCAAAUUCAGUCGAAGACCUGCAUAUUGAAUUAAUAAAAAAGAAGAUCUUAGAACAGCUUCAUUUCACAACAAGACCACCAAAAGAAAUCAGGAGUGGAAAAAUUGUGGUACCACGGCCAUCUCUGGAUGACGAUAAAAACGACGACAAACGGGAAGAGAAUAAAGUUGAGAUUCUUCUUCCGUCUGAAACAAAAUCUACCUUAAGUCACACUUUCAGGGUUACAGCUGAUGUUUUUAAACAAGGACAUGUCGAAUAUGCAACAUUAUCCGUGUACAAAAAAGGUGUAAAUAAAGAUGGCGUCGAAACAGUGACAUUAAAAUACGGAAACAAAAUUUUACAACGCAAAACAUUCCCUGUUACCUUUGCUGGAUGGGUAACAUUCGAUGUAGGUAAUGCGAUAAAAUAUCACAAAGGCGAUAAGAUUACGUUUAGUUUCGUUUGUAGUCAAUGUGCGGGAAACAAUGACUUUUUGCUUACCUCUGGAACAAAAUAUACACCGUACUUGACGGUAAGAGCUUUACUUAACCGACACAAGAUUGUUAAAAGAUCAACACCGACAUGUAGCGACAAAAAGGCGUGUUGUUUACAAUAUUUAUACGUCAAUUUUACAGAGAUUGGUUGGAAUGAUUGGGUCAAAGAACCAAAUGGCUUUGAAGCAAAUUACUGUGCUGGAAAAUGCUCAGACACACUAUCAAAACACAAACUACAUUCUACGGAUAAUUGCUGCGUGGCAAAAGAGUUUAAACCAUUGACUUUGUAUUAUUAUAUAAAAAAAAAUACAUUUUCUCAAAAGGUCUUUAGAACUUUGGUAGCAACAAAAUGUGGCUGUAUGUAACAAAAAAGCCCUGGUAACUUUUGAAGCUUUUUGCACUGUAUCACU